AACAGCGCCGCCGAUUGGUCAACUCUCAGCUACCCAGUCGCUUACAACAACAACUACUACUUUCCAGUGAGUUGCGGAUUUGGAGGCGAGAGGAAAGUCCUCACACUUCAUGAGGACCGAAAUGUUUCCUUUGACCUCAGUAGCUGUAUAUUCCAAGAACUGAUCCGGCUGUCAUGGCGGUGUCCAAUUCUGAUACCUGCCAGUGGCUGUCAGUAACGGAAGAAACACUUUUUCUUCACGAUGGACUAUUGCGAGUGACCGAUUUGGUGGAACUGCCUCAAGAUAUUGAAAACGUUAGCGGAAGUGAAAAUGAAGUUGUUUCUUUCGAUUCCAAAAAUCCCGAAGAGCUCAGCUCAAAGCUGCUUGCAGUGUGCGGUACCCAAAAUAGUGCUUUUAAUAAACUCUUGGAAUAUCGCCUUAAUGCUUUGAAAGGUCUGUGGAAAACUCAAAGACAAAUUGCUAAAGAAGAACAGAUUGAGAAAGAGUCCCCAGCUUCUCACGAAGAAACUAUCAAUCUUCUCAAAAAGCAGGGUCUUCUUAAAGAUCCAGAGCAAGCAUCCUUUUCAACACGCAUUAGUUUGUUGCUUAUUUUGCCGCUUUUGCAAUCUCAGAGCAAGGCAGACCCAGAUUUAUGCGGGGUGACAGCGGGUGUCUUGCUGAAUUGUCUCAAAGACUGCGCACCACUCAGUCUUGCAAAGGAACCAAGUGAUUGUCUAAAGGGUCUAGAAUCACUUCUCAGUUCUUGGCUAGGAGAAAGAUCUUCUGAUGGAAGAGGAUUUGAAAACACAGUUCAAGACAAAGCACAGAGGGAAAAUGCAGCAUCAGCUCUUGUUGCCCUUUCAUGUGCAAGGGGUCACCUUCAGACUUUUAUCCACACAGUGCAUCUGCUACAGGGACUGACAGAUUUACAAUCACUGCCUGUUGCUGAUGUUCUUCACCGCCUGCUGGAAACAGAAGGAGGACAGGGCCAGCCUUCUGCACUGCUUGGCAGUAAGCACCUAAUCAGCUGGGGUUUUGAGGAUCAGCUAUCCUUGGCUUCAGGUCCAGAUCCAUCAGUAAAGGAAACGAAGGAUUCAACAGAAAAAGAUAAAGAAAAAGAGGGAGAAUCAGGCCGCAAAGUGGCGACUGAUGGUUCCUUCUUGUACAUAAGCAGUGGUAGUAGUCCUGGUGUUGCCAAGAUGGGAACAGGACUGCAUGGAACACUCCGGGGUUUUGUCUACAGUAAGAACCUUGAUAUAUUGCCAUGUCAUGUUGCUUAUGGCAACAGUCUACUUCUUUCGCGACCCAUCAGCUAUGACCAAGAGUCUGAUGUUGUCAAUUUGUGUCAAGUCAUAGACCCUGACUCACUGCAGCUUAUCAAAGUUCUUCCCAAGCCUCCCUGGCUUUUAGAACAUGGGCCAUGCACGACAGUUUCAUUCUGUAGUGAUGGGACCUACUUCUACUGGAUCUGGUGUCCCUCGGUUAUCUCAGACAAGGCUGCUAAAGGCAUCAGUGUCUUUGUGCACUCCUUCAAAAUUGAUGCAAAGAGUCUAGAGAUUAAGUUGCACAUGGACCGCAUGACGCUGACCAGGAAGGAAGAGUCAGGCAAUCUUCGAACCACUGAGACACUCAUGAACCGCAUACGACCCUUGAGAGGUUCCAGCAGUGCAGCCACAUUGGCUGCUCUCAUUGGUGGAGAGACACCAGCAAAGAAGGAAGAAAACUUGUCAGCAGGCAGCACCACGUGUGGAGUUCUGCUGAAAACACUGGUGAAAGUUCCUGUCUAUUGUGACGGCACUAGUAUCGUCAUCCUUGUACCUCUGCCUGGGGGUGGGGGUGCUGCUUCCACAAGGUCGCUGUUUGGCAGUGGAGGUAGCAUCUCUAGCCUGAGAUCUUUGGCCACCAACCUUUGCUUCAGUUUGAAUGAUGGGCUGUUCACAACACGCAGCGAUCUUAUUGAUGCUCCUUCCUGCUCCUUAGCCAGGGGCACAUCAGUCAGCAGUCUAGGUGCAUGUUUUGAUGUGCACAACAAUCUGGUAUGGCUUUGCAGCAGCGACUAUGUUGAUCAGUUCUACAAUCCAGGUCACCAGGCACCACACCACAUUCACCAGCAGCUGGGCAUCAGUCAGCCUCUUCUACCAGCACCAGGAGCUGACACAGGUGAAUGGCUUGAUGUCCGGGAGGUGGUGCGAGCCUUGCUGCAACAUGUCGGGAGUAUGUGUUUGCACCAGCUGCACAGUGAAGUACUGCAGUGGCCCAUGGGCAGCUAUGUGCUGCAACAACAUCCCGUUGACCUAGUCCACAUGACGCGCAUCACCACCAUUCUUCGCCGGGCCAUGGAGGCUCAUGACUUCCAGUCAGCAGUGUGCUGUCUGGUGGUAUUACAGCUCAUCUUUAAAGUCAGUUUCUUCAGGUGGGAGAGACAAGGGGAAGAAGAACAGAUUAAAGAAACCAGGUCACUCAUUUGGCAGCUGUUGACAAACAAAGAGUUUUUUACUCCAGACUGUGAGGGUGGAGACGGAGAGCUGCCUGUUCUUCAGAGAGAGGCAUGUCAUGUGGUGACUGUGGGGCUAAAGUCACUGUACCACACCGCCCAAGACAAACAUACCCUACUCUCACAUUUGCUGAUUUCAGCUGGUGAGAACCUUGCACUGCUUGAGUUGCGGAACAUGAUUCUGACAAGUUUUGCAGAGCAAUUGAGAACCCAGUGCCUUGGUACACAGGAAACUGCUCAUCUUAGACUGACAGACGACCUUGUUAACUUUGUGCUGAAACUGGCAGUGAAAGACUCGUGUGUUUUGCUCAGCAAGGCUCAGGCUGCAGGAGCCAAACAGGAGGAAUUUGAUGCCCUGCUUUGUGGUAUUCCUCGUGCCUCGCCAUGUCUUCAGUAUCUAAUGGCCCUGCGAUCACACCUUCUUCAGGCUGCCAUUUUGUACGAACCUUGUCCUGCAGAUGCUGUUUUGACCCCAUCUGCAGCUUCCUACCAUGACUCACUUGAGGAUCUCCAAGCUGCAGUGCUUAAUCUUUCUUCCAAGAUCAUUUCUGGGGCUUCUGAGGUGUUAGAGAGCUUUCUGGAAACUUGUGCUGGAUUGGUAACACAAGGUCGUGAAGACUCUGGCUUGGAGCGGCUGGCCAAAGCCACUGUGUUGGGCUGGCUGCUGCCUGCUCUCCUGACUGCACUCACACACCCACAGCUGCACAGCCUCAAUCUGGCUGAUGCAUUGAUGCCUUCCCUUGUGCGACUCAUCCUUCUUUCAAGUCAGGCGGCUCUUUUACUGAAGAGACAGCAGAAUUCUGUGCCAGAUGAUGACCUUGAUCUUGGUACUGAUCACAGCAUGGCUGACCUGAUUGGAGAAACUCUUGAAAAAGUGGAGAUUCGUGAAGACGAAGAAGAAGGAUUUCUGACAGGCCUAAAAAUCCCUGCUCCUUGGGCUUCAGGCAAGACAGUAGAGACCAUCCAUCCUCUUCGGGACAACUACAAGUUCAAGGAAGUGGUUCACAUACCUGGUGCCCGAUGUCUGUACCUGCGUUUUGACCCACGGUGCUCCUCACAAUAUGAUUAUGACAAACUGAUUAUUUAUGCUGGCCCAAACACCAGCUCCAAAAAAGUAGCAGAAUAUGGAGGAAACACAUUUGGAUUUGGAAGCCGCAGUGUGUUGGGAUCAGGCUGGCCUAAAGAUCUGGUCAAGGUGGAAGGGGACACCGUGACAUUCUCUUUUGAGAUGCGAAGUGGACGUGAGCAUAAUACACCAGAUAAGGCCAUGUGGGGAAUGUUGUGUACUGUACGUGCACAGGAAUGUGCAGAAGAAGUGUCUGGGGGACUUGCAUUCCUGGCUGACCUGGCUCUCAGUCUGUCUGUGCUGGCGUGCACUCUCUUGGCACUGCUGUAUGAUGGGCCACCUACCUCACCAGAGGAAGAGGCAUGUCAACAUCUGCUGCGGUCAAAACUUCUUCAGCGGUGUGUAUGGCAGUCAGAGCGAGGGGUAACUUUCCCACCUCCAGAGGAAAUGCCAUUGCGACCUCAUUCAGAGGAUGAUACUGAUGAGAUGUUGCCGCCUGGCAGCCCUGUGCUGCCCAGAAUCAAACUGCCAGCAGAAAUCAUGACACACCUGCGCAGACUUUCCAAGAGACAGAUGCCUCGCCUGAGACCCAGCAUCAGAAAUGUACUCCAGCCAGAAACACUAGAAGAACACAUAAUAUCAGCUGUGGUAAAACAUUUGUCACUGAUGGACACAGUUCGCCAUCUCAGUUCAGGGGCACAACAGCAGAGUGAAGACUACCUCCUCUUGUCCUCAGUAGUGGAUGAAGUGUAUCGUAGAUUUGAUGUCCUUUUAAGGCAGCUGCAGACAAUGGCAGACCUGGAGCAGCGCUGGAGAAAUGAAGUGGAGGAAUACUGCCAGGGCAACACCUCUGUCCCAUCUCCUUUUUUUCAUGACUACCACUUGCAAGAUCUGAAAUACAAAGAACUGGCAAUGUUGUGCUUCAUUAAGGAUGUUCCCCUGGACAGCUCAAGCCUGGAAGUAACUGUCAAACUGCUUCUUGAGAAGUUUGAAGCUGACUGUCAAGCCUGGAAAGACAGAACAGAGGAAGAAGAGAUGAAGAAAACCAAAUAUUUGGUGCGUGGGAUUUUGUCUCGACUGUCCUUAUUGCUGCAUGUCAACAUCACACCAGCCCAGAUGAUUCUACCACUCUCUCGCACUGUGUCUCACAUGCAGGGCUUCCAACAUGAAGACCUGAUGGUUCGUUCUGACACAGAUGUGCUGAGAACAACUCAGGGCAUGGGGCGCAGCAUGUCAGCACCUUCAGGUGUUGAUGACGAUUCAUUGGCAGAAGUUGUGCGUUUGCAAAGGUGGCGACUGACAGAGCGCAGGAAGACUAUGUCCAUCCUGCAGGAUUUGAUAGAGGAUGAGAGUGAUGACAAGCCGCCAUACAUUACCCUUAUUGACCAACUCUUCUCCUUCAUUGGCAGCGACCCAGAGAAGGCUGUGUCAUGCAGCAGUUUCCUUGUGGCAGCAGAGGUGCGUCACAAGCGCGGUUGCAUUCGCAAAAAAGCUCUGCUGCACAUGAAAGACUUGCUUGCGGCUGCUUCGUGGGUAGGGGGUGCCACACACCUGAUAGCAGCAGUGGCAUCUGUCUUGAGACAUGGUCCAAAAGCUCAAGAGCUUACCUGCGGAGGCAUGGUUACUCAAGUACAAGAGGCCUUUGCAGAAGUGAUGACAUCUGUUGUCCAGUUAGCUGCACGCUACCCAGUUGCAAGCUGCAGCAGCAUUGGCCUGUUGUGCACUGUGCCAUACACCAGAGCUGAGGAGCGCUGUUUGGUGCGCUCUGGGCUUGUUCAUCUUCUGGACAAACUGUGCAGUCUGGCUGGUCACCGGGUGGAUGGACUUGGAGUAGAGACACAAACAACACGCCACAGAGUGUCAGUGCUGGCCUGGGCAGGAUUCCAGGUGCUGGCCAGUCGCUGUGUCAAGUGGGAGGUGGAAGAUGCCUCACAAGUUGAAGAGUUAGAGCACUCUGGUCUGGCACGACAAGUGUCAACUUUGUUAACUCAUCAUUUAGCACGGGCCACCAACGCCAUUGGCAAUGCUGCAGUGGGUACAGAGGCAUUGCAGGAGGUACUGGGACUACUGAAUAACCUCUCCAGGAGCAAGAUGGGCAAGGCCAUUUUGAGUCAGCCUGCCUGUGUGUCUAAAUUGCUGUCACUUCUCUUGGACCAGAGGCCUUCUCCCAAGCUGGUGCUGAUCAUACUACAGCUGUGUCGUGUGGCUCUACCUCUCAUGAGCACCAAUGACUGUGCACAGGUCAUUCUACCUGCCUGGGGGCAGCAUCUAUACACCAGCCACUGGAGCUCUGCCCAGCCUGUGUCUGACCCCCCUGCUCGAAUCAUAUCCCUUCUGCUGGCUAAGCUUGGUGACUUGCUAGUACCAGGUGACCAGGUCAUGUUGUCCAGUCGCACGCCAUCCCUGGAAGCAUCUACUCCAGCUGUAGCCAGCAGCCCAGGAGGCAAAGAUCGCACAGAAGAUAGUGAUGUCCAGGGCGGGCGAAUCUCUGUCUUUCUUCACAAACGAGAAGAUCAGAUGUCACAUGAUGUUAUACAGCCCUUACUCAGCUCAGACAAUCGUCCCUUCCGACUUGCUGGAGGUGCAAACAUGGAAAAAGUAGUACGCAUGGACCGAGAAUUAUCUAAGUAUGGGAAAUGUGAGGUGACCACAGAGGAGGCCAUGGCUGCUCUGAAAAAGGCAUACAAGUGGGCCCAGAUGGGAAUGGUUGUCUCCACAGCACCACCUGUCGACACUCUGUCAACAGAUACCGGGGCCAGCACAGAUAAGAAAAAGACAGCCUCAGAAGUGAUUUGCAAAGAGAAGAAUGCAGAGCUGGCAAGAACAGAUCCAGUUCGGGCAUUUAUCAGUGGCCAUGUAGCCAACACCAUGGCAGCAGAAGUGAUUGCCCUUCUGCACAAUCUGCUGACGGCCCCUGUGUCCAGCACUGCUCAGACAUGGGCUGAAGCUGUACAGCGUGUGCUGUGCAAUGCUCUCUCUGGCCUCCCUGUGCUUCUGGCAUCCACUGAGAGCCUGGGCUCUCCACGCAGUCACACCGUGCAGCUCAUGUCCACUGCGAAACUGGCCAAUGCCGCUCUGGCAGCACUGGGGGCUUUUCACGAGACUGUCAAGCCAGGCUGUGCUGUGAAGGUACUGGGUGAAGGAAUCCAGAACACAGAGGGCAUUGUGCAGAGUGUGUCCGAACAGCUGGACCAGGUGACAGUAGAGCUAAAUAAGGAAGAUGGAGAUUUCCCUUCAGCACGCUAUGCUCACUCCGUGAAGAUCCCUCUCGCACGUGUACAGCCUGUCAGAAAUGAGCUCUUCCUUCAGUGCCACAGUCAGAUGAGCGAGUCUGUCAUUGCUGCAGUGCAGGCCACCAUUCUGCCUGCUGAUGAGAUGGCACAGUCCCCACUCCAGCAGUCUUUGAGUACAGUGGUGGGAACAGAUGGUAACACUCUGGUUCACCAGGUGUGCCGUGUAAUGGCAGAGAUACAGACCAGAGCAGCUAUGGUGUUGGCGCUGUACAUGCGCAGUGUGGAAUUCUCCAAGCUUUUCAUUGCCCAAUGUGGGGCUUGUGUUCACACACUGAAAAUUCUGGGCAAGGACUGCAGCCCAGGAAGCCGUCAAGCUGUUGUGGAAGCUCAUUGCCAGAGACUACGUAUGCUUUACAGAGACUGUGCCAAACCACCGCCACCACCCAGCAGAACAGACAACAGGCCUUCCAAAGAGAUGGUGUGGGAUGUGACACGCGCAUUCCCCCCUAUACGGGCCUGCCUUUUCUCGCAGAGCCUAACUGUCAUCACCUUCCUGGGGGACCCCAGUGCUGGUAGUGGUCUGCCUCGUGGAGCCAUGGUAUUUGCCAACCAGCCAAUCCCCAAAGAGGCACCAUCGUUUUACUGGGAGCUAGAGAUCUGCUCCUUUGGAGAGACUCAUGAAGACAGUUCCGCUGUUGUGUCCUUUGGAUUUGCACCACAAGCUGAGAAGAAAGAUGGAGCGUGGACCAACCCUGUUGGAACUUGUUUGUUUUUGAACAAUGGAAAAGCUGUUCACUACAAUGGGGCCAGCCUGCUUCAGUGGCGAAGCGUACGUGUGGAUGUGACACUGGGCGUGGGUGAUGUGGCAGGCAUAGGGUGGGAGAGAACUAGUGAACAAACCCCAAAUAGCACUGCUGUUCCCAAAGGACAAGUGUACUUUACGUAUCGGGGCCAGCGCCUGCCAGCAACCUUGGACAGUGUGGCAGGAGCCAUGUUUCCUGUUGUGCACAUUCAGAAGAAGAACUGUCGAGUGAAGGCCAACUUUGGCACACGACCCUUUGCUUAUGCUGAGGGACAGCAGCACAGAGAAGCAGCAGAGGCAGUCAACGAUGUCAUUCGGGAUAUUCGCGAGUCUUUUGGACAUCUUCCUUUUCACUGUGUCUCUGACAGUGACAGUGAUGGCAAUGAUGCAGGGGGUGGCACAUCUGCAACAGAAUCAAGGGACAGCCGCACACCGCCCCGUGCUCCAUGCAAGACGGCUGUGGCUCCUGCAGCACUGAAAGAGUAUGACAGCAGCCAGUGCUUACACUAUGCACGUCUGGCCAGCUAUGACAGCUUUGUGCUAACAGGUGUUGACCCUCAAGUUCCAACCAGCAUGGAUGAUGACUCAGAUGAUGAGCAGGUGGUGGAUGAUGCAGCUAUGGAGGACCACCAUGCUCUGCUUGUCAAAGCUUGGGAGCAGAAGGUUUUUCCUGUCAUCCGCAGGAGGUUUCGCAAUGAGACUGAACGUAAAGAUGGCUUAGACCAGAUUCGAGGUGCUUUACAACUUGGUAUGACUGACAUUGCAAGACAGACAGUAGAAUUCCUUUAUGAAGAGAAUGGAGGCAUCCCUCGUGACCUUCACCUUCCAACCAUUGAGGACAUUCGUGAGGAUCUUGCAAAGUUCACUAUCGAACGUGUUAAAAAAGGAACAACUGUUAUCAUCCGCACACCUGUUAGCCUCACCACCAUGACAGGUGCUGCUCUUCUGCCCAAGUUUGCUGUACGUGCAAUGCUAAAAACAUUUGGCCUGGCUGGCACUGUGCUGGAUGUGGAUGCACCCAAUGAAUUGGUACAAGUGGAGACAUACUUGAGAAGCGAGGGAGUGCUGGUUCGAUUCUGGUAUCCGUUGGAAGUUCUGGAAAAGCCUCAGCAGGGCCUUCGCAAGUCUUCCAUCACUGGUGGCCAGACCAUGGAUACAUCCAGCCUCCACAUUCACAGGGAACUACUGCAGAGCGAAGCGGUGCUGGCCCGCAUGUUCAUCCGCACAGCAUUCCUGCGCCUUAUUGACCAUUGCAACUCACCAGCCCUGGAUGGUGAACUGCUCUCUAGUGUGGCUGCCUCAGCCUCAGCCAAUGCCGUCAGUGGAAUGGCCUCCUGUGCUGCCACGCUUCAAGAGCUAGACCUGGAGAACCUCCUUCUCUUGUCAACAGAGUUAUUGGCCCCUCCCCUACCAGAUGGCACACUGAUCGCACAAACGCCAGCAGUGGCUCCACUUUCUCCCAAGCAGUGUUUAGCACCCAUGCUUUGCUCCUUGACAGGGCUGGUCUAUUACCAUGGGGAUCGUUUGCAGAGAGAGCUAGCCACAGCCAUAUCGCGUGCAGCGGAGCAAGGGGAAGACUACCUGAUAGAACUCACUAGCCAGUUGUGCAUGUGCCUUCAGACUGCCCCAGAGAUGUUUCCUUCAGAGGAGAUGCCAGUCACUGAAGUCAAGAUUAACACAGAUGUUCAUUUUCCAGGUGUAGCAUGUUUGAUUGUUUCUUGCAAAACAGAUCCCAAGAUUGGCAAGAAAGAUUCUUCACCAUACAAGUCACCCUGGGCUCGCAUCUAUAUGUACACCGGAAAACGCAUCAAGAAAUCUGGGCAGGUGACUCGACAGGAAGUAGUUAGCUACCCUCGUGAUAUCACCAGCACAAGUACCCACAGUGAACAGUUUUCUCCAGCUGUUCUACCAGCUGAACAGGUGCAUGUGCGACUUGGCAUUUCCCCACCUCCAGGCCUGAUCCUGACCAUCCAUGGUCUGCCUCCUCAGUUUCUCUUGGCUGUGGCCUACUUAGAGACUUUACUGACAGAAAAGUUUGGCUGUGGUAUGAAAAGUUGCGGAGCUCGCCGGGGCGGCUUGGAUCAUACACCACAAGCAGGCGGGGACGUUCCCUCAUUUGCUGAAGAUGAAGAUCUCCCUCCAAGUCUGUGGAGUGUGGAUAAUAUUGAGAUCACAGCCCCGGUCUUGAUACAGGUAAUAGAGCUGCUGUGUGGGUACCUAUGGCGCACUGAUGUACCAGCUUUGCUGAAGGAGUACAUGUUUCAUCUGCUGGCCCAAGCAGUUCGCAUCUUGCACUAUUGUCAAGGACAUGGCAUGACCUCACUUGUGAAGCUUUCUCCUCGCUUUUCACCAACCCAUGGUAUAUUCCAAGCGCUGGUCAGAGAACUGAAGGUCCUCUAUGAAGAGGAAGUGAAGGACAUGCCACAGGCCAGCACUGUGUCUGGAACAGGCGUUGGUGUUGGCGUCAUGGAUGCUGGCAAGUUUUCUUCCUAUCUACAAGCAGUCUUUGAGGCUGGUUUAGCUGUGGCUGACGUCAUGCCAUGUGAGUCACCCCCUUUAAAGCCAGCAGCGCCACCCUCUGCUGAGGAAGCAGCACCAACACCAGCUUUGAGCCCAACAGUAGCCACUAAGAAGAAAAAGUUGAAAACAAAGAGGGAAAGGGGUGCUUCCUCCGCAGGUGGUGUCAUAAGAAGAACACCUUCCACAUCUCCCAGGGCAAGCGAGAGUGAGAGUUUGGAGUCAGCCACCAGUUCCACUUGUAGUCCCCCACCUGCUAUGGCAUCAGUUGUCAGUGAAACUGUUGGAUCAUCUUCAUCAACUACCUCAGGAUCAUCAGGUGCAGGCAUUGUGACAUCACCAUUGCCAAGUCUCUCCAGCAGCAAUGACUCCAUCAAACUUGAAGAUAUCUCAUGGUUCCAACGUGCUAUCCUUAUCUCGCGUGUCCUGAGAUACCUUGGCUUUGCUGAAGACCACUGUGGUGCUGAUUUUGACAGUUUUGUUCAGGAUGUAGCCUUGUCCAUCCAACCAUCGACAGCUUACAGCCGCAUCAUUGUUAUUUCAGGCAUACCUCCACAAAUCAGCCCAGAGGUUGUGAAAUCUGCACUGUGUAAAGUGUGCAGUAGUAAUGGAGGCAUUGAGCACAAUGAAGUGUUUGUGCCUGAGAUCUCACAGCGCCCACACAAACAGAAAGGCAGCAGUAGAACGCAGGCCAUGUCUGGCCAGGCUGAGACCGGUUCAGCAGUUCAGGAGGGGUCUACAGACAGCACCUUAUUCCCACCCACCGAUCAUCAAGAACAGGAGACAGAUUUAGGCAUGCAGAUGACAGAGCAGUCUCCAGUAAGCCAGUCAUGUGAUCAAGACCAGGCAUCUAAUUCCCAGGCAUGCACACAAGGUUUUGCAGUCUUCUCACUCAUGACCAAGACAAAGGUGGAGGCUGUGCGGAAGGGGCUGUUUCGCAGCAAGGCUUUGAUGGAAUCCCUGCAGCUGGGUGGAGGGCUGGAGCAAGUGGAUGCUCCUCCUGACCACAGCUUGGCAUUUUCCACUGUCAGUCCAGCUCUGCUUACUGACGCUGAGGCCAACCAAGCCCUUGAACAGUACUUUGUCUACAAACUCUUUGGGAAUACUCGGGAAUUCACCGAUGAAGCCUCUCAGGCUCUGACAGAAAUCUUCUACAGCUGCUUUUUCAUUGACCAGCAAAACAGCUCUCCAGACUGUCGUCAGGAGACUGGGUACAUAUGUUUGGGGCGUGAGCAGAUACUACAGGCUGCUCCUGAAAACCUUCUGUUAGCCUUCUUCCAGAAUAGCCGACCAGCCAAAAAACCUAUUGGUGAUCAUGUAACAUGGGUGCUUCGACAAUACGGAAUGAGCAAAUCGCUCGACAAAGAUCCCUCUCCAGCAUCAGACAAGGGAGGCAAAAGCAAAGUGAAGAAGGUGGGCAGCAAAGUUUCCAAAGAGAAAGCACUCUUGCAGCAAACCAAAGAGAGAGCACUCUUGCAGCAACUCAACGAGAAAGGGCAAGGAGAAAAGUCUGCAACAAAGGAUAGAAAACCUAAAGCAAAGGAGCAGUGGGACAAUGCAGCGAAAGAUGAAGCCUCUGUUGAGAUGCCAGUAAAAGAAAUGAAGAGUCAGUCAGGUGGGAAGUCAGAAAGUCGUUUCCUGACGUUAGAUGGCUUCCUGCAGUGUGCAAUGGACUUGGUCAAGCAAGAUGCACGAGCAGUGUGGCGAGCACUGUUUUCAGCCGGCUUUGACAUCCACCUGAAGAGGUGUGCUUACCUGGAUAUAAGUCAAGCCCAGAGUAUGAUGCGUCUGUGGAAUCUGGAGAUGGACACUGCCCUUGUUUCCAUCAUCAAUGAACUGUGUCGUGGUCUGCGCAUAGCGUCUGCACGCCUCCACCCUCAUGAGCUGCUGUUGACUGAUGCUCAUUUGGCAAGUCAGGGCUGUGCCUCGCUACACAACCAACCACCUGAGAGCAUUCGACUGAGGUUUGCUGUCCUACAGAGUCUCAACAAUAGUCUGCAAAGCUUUUUUUUGCCAAUGGUUGAUCUUCGCCCUGCUGUCACAUUCAGCCGCAGCACUGCAGCUUUAAUCAGCAAGCUUCGGGGCAUUUUGUAUUACGACUCCAAGUGUGGCUUCCUCAACCGAAUCCUCAAUGCAACAGCAAAGCGAAAGCCUGAUCAGGCGGCUCCAGAGAUCACACUGGAUCCACUGGAGAACAUAGGAGUGGACCGACGUGGGUCAGAAAGCACCAUCAUGUGUCAGGCAUACCGCCAGCUGUCCACCAUCAGCUCUCGCCAGUUUUGCGUCCGCCUGGCCAGCGGAGGCGAUCCCACUUAUGCCUUCAAUGUCCGCAUGACAGGCGAAGAGGUGCAUGGCACAAGUGGGUCCUUUCGCCAGUUUCUCUGGCAAGUUGCCAAAGAGAUCCAGAGCUCUUCACUCGGGCUGCUGCUUCCUGCACCUAGCGCUUCUAGUGGAAGCAGCAAGGGCAAGUCACUCUUUAAGCCUGGAAACAUGACAUUCUCAGAAGAAAACUUGCUUAUUUUCUUAGGCCAGCUCCUUGGAAUCACCAUCAGAGCAGACAUUCCACUGGGCUUGGACCUCCUGACUGUCGCAUGGCGGACACUGGUUGGCCUGGCCCCAGAUGCUAGUAGUGACCUCUACGAGGCAGACCCACUAACUUACUCAUAUAUGAAGAGAAUCGAAAUGGUGGAAACAGAGAGUGAGUUACAGGCCCUAUGUGGGGAUGUCUUCCCUCGAUUUGUGUAUGCCUCUCUAGAUGGACGAGAUGUGGAGCUUGUAACAGGAGGUCAGCAUGUUGCUGUUAGUCUGAGUAACAGGCACCAGUAUGUAGAUGGCAUUCGACGACUUAGAAUGCGAGAGCUGACAAACUCAUCACGAAUCAUGGCUGUCACUGUUGGCAUGAGUACAGUAUUACCACGGCAACUUCUUUGUCUGUUUACACCCUUGGAUAUGGAGCUUAGGACCAGUGGUGUGCCGGUUGUAGACCUUAAUUUCCUGAAGGCCCACACCAUGUAUCAAGUGGGUCUCAUGGAAACUGACACUCAUGUUGAGUAUUUCUGGGCUGCACUGGAGAGUUUUAGUCAAGAGGAGCUUUCUCGCUUCAUAAAGUUCGCCUGCAACCAAGAGCGCAUACCCCAGACAUGCCCAUGCCGGGAAGGUGGACAUGAAGCUACGCAUGUGCCCCCAUAUCCCAUGAAGAUCGCCCCACCUGAUGGUGCAGGUGCCCCGGAUGCACGCUACAUUCGAGUGGAGACCUGCAUGUUCAUGAUAAAACUACCACAGUACUCUUCUUUUGAGAUUAUGAGUCAACGUCUGCGCUAUGCCAUCAGCUGCCGUGAAGAUCCCCUUAGUGGUUGAUGCGGACAUUAAAAUGACGAACCUUUGAAGAUAGAUCGUUUACAAGAUCUAGUAAAACAACCCACUUUGGAUAUUUCCAGUAUUGUUCACUUUGUUUACAUUGGUAUUUCACUUUCUUUGGUCUGAUGCUGCAGUAUUGCUGGCUGCUUUUAUUUAAUGAAGGAAGGAAUUGCUGUACCAGCAUUGUGCCCAUCACUAGCCAACACCAAAUGAUAAACAACUCAUAAGCGGAGCUGUCCAUUUUUUUACAUAUCUAAUUCUAGGACAUAGGUACAUACAGGUCUGUACAUUUAAAGGUUGAAAACAAAAUUUGGAAGAAAAGCAGUCAUUUUUGUCACCUUGUUCUCUGCUUCGUGAACAAAAAUCUUUCUGCCAUUGCCAUGUGUCAUGUCUAAAGACCAGAAAGCAGGUCAAGACUUUUGGACUUAAGUGUGUGUUUGUCUGUUGUUGUUUUUUUUUUUCAAUAAUUAAAACAGUGUUCAGGGCUUGGUUUCAUGAGAGUCCAUUGUGAUACAGAGAAAAUGCACAGACCGUUCCGUGUGUGACAGCCAUUGGGCUUUCCUACAAGGCUCACUGAGAUUGCAAGUUUGCUUUGGUGGGACCAUGUAUGAUUCCAGAAUGACCUGUAAAUGGUGAUAUUAUGAAUGACCUAUUUAUUACAGAGUGAAAACACUGGCAGAGCCAGUCAGUACUACACCAGACGCUUUGAGCUGUCUCGUGUAACUCAUCAAUUUUUAUCAGUGUCUUCAGUGUUGAGCAUGCUUCAAGUGGACAUUUUUGGCCUCCACUGUUAGGUUGAUUUAGCUGUUAUUUCAGUGAAGCAGUUUUAUGUUUUCAAGUGUAUGUGCUGUAUGUGUGCUUUUUUUUAGGCUGCCUUUUGUACUGGGGCGCCUGCUUGUGAUUAUUUUGCAGCCAUCAGAAAAGUUUGUAUAUAUUCAGGUGCUCAUUCACCUUUGCCCCAGAUAUUGACUUGUUGACUGGAACAGUCCACUUGAAGCUGCCUACAGCAUUAAAGCUGAUAACCAUACACACUUCCUCUGCAAUUACCUGCCUUCUUUUGAACAUCUCUAUUUUUAUUGGUUUAAAUUGAACCCUGGUCUAUUUUAAGACCUUGUUCCAAAUUUCUUAAGGUAAAUUCUGAAAUGUUCUUCAUUUAUUUUUGUUGUUGUUUGUGUGUGACAAAAGGAACAAGUUUGCACCAGUGGGUCCACACUGUUUUUUUUCCAUUACUUUUUUUCAUUUUGACAAAUGAAUGAUGACAAAGCCUGUAAAUUACGAUGCCGGGAGAAAAGCCAUAAUUUCUUGGCAACAUUUAAAAUUGCCUAGCUGUAAGCCAUGGUGAAAAUGAGAUCAGAAAUGUUUGCUUAUUCAUGGUUGCUGUAUCCAAGCCUACAGGUUAUGUUCACUUUCUGUUGGAAUCAUUGCAAAACUGCUGCAUCACACCAAAGCACUAAUUGUUUGGACUCAUGAUUCGUUCAGCUGUGUUCCUGAUUAUAGGUUCAUUUUUUUUAGAUUUGCCAGCUUAUUCUCUAAAUGCUCCAUCUUCUAUGUUAUUGGUGUCACAUCGACAAGGUAUCUUAGAAUGUUUUUUGUUACUGUAGUGCUACACUGAAAUCUUUCUUGCGCCAGUUGAAUCAUUCUUGGUGUGACAAGUGAUUUUUGUUGUUGCAGUCUCAUAAGCCAUAGUCUAACAGAAAACACAGUACCUUUAAAAGUCUCAUGAAAGCAAGUUGACUGUAGGAAAAGUGUGAAUACAGACUCUGGACUGAAUGUGGGGUAGAACACAGCAGAAGAGGCACAGGCCUUAACAGUGUGUUCUCUCAGUGUAAUGCCUGUGCUCCAGAGCAGUCAGCACAAGAAGCAUUUUUUUGCUACCAACUAGUCAUCUCAAUGUGUGAGUUAUAGCAAUAAGAAAUAUUUUUAUCUACUCAGUCUGCCAACAUUGUUCAGCAUACUUGUCUUUAUUCCAGCAUCUUUACUUGUCUUGCAUUCAGAGCACUUCAACAUGUUCAAUACUUGCACUUGUGGUCUGUUAAAUUGCACGUCAUCUGUCAGUGUCUGUAGAAAUGUCUGGAAUGUGUGGACUGCAUUUGUGAAAUAUUUAUGAACCUUGGCAAAUGCUAAAUGUGUGGAAUGUGUGGACUGUAUUAGUGAGAUGUUUAUGAACCUCAGCAAAUCUUCAAUAAGGUAGAACACACAAAGAAAAGAUAUUUGUUCACAGAAUGUUUUCCCCACAAGGUUUGUCUUGUGUCCUACAUAAUAACCAGAAAUAUCUGCACUAGCAUCAGAUGUAUGACAAGAUAUAGUUAUAUCAAAUAUGCCAGGCCUUCAAGAAAUAAUAAAAGUACCACAUCUUGUCAUUUAUCCUGACUGGUGCUGCUUUAUAUAUCAGUUGUUUGUGAAAAUUUUCAGUUGUUAGUUAGGUGGGUGGUUCUGGCACGUGAGAUUUUUAUUUCCCCAUGAGGCUGUGUAAUGUGCCAAUAAUUUUGAUUUUUUUUGCAUAUCAUUGGUGUUUCGUGUGUUGCUAUGUUUGAUGUUUUUCCCUUCUACUCAGAAUGCUAGCUAAUUAACAUCUCUGCUGUUGAAGGUUUUGUGUUGUAUUUAAUACUGUUAUUUUAGUCAAUACUGUGUUGUGUUGAUAGCAUCUAGCAGGUGUCUUGGGAUGAAAAAAAGCACCUUGUGAUAUAAAAAAACAAACAAACAAAAAAAAAACCCUACUUGUGAAGGUCUUAUCCCAGUACAGAGAGCUGGUAUAGAAUCAGACAGGCAGUCUGCUGCUACCUGCAUCAUUUGACAUGCAGUUCUUUAUUACUAGCUCCUGUAUUUUUGUGAUAUAGAUAGACUUCUGUUUUUACGUGCUGCAGGAACAAUUUGAAGUACAUCUAAGUUGACUGCCUGUGUUGCUAGCCUGCAAAUUAUCGUUGGUUUGAAUAAAGUUAUUUCCUUG